ACUCACACACACACGCACAGAGAGAGAGAGAGAGAGAGAGAGAGAGAGAAAGAGAGAGACGUGGCUCACAAAUGCUGGUCUACUAGCAGAUUGGAGCAGCCAUUUCUGAUACCCAGAAGACAAAAGAAAAAGAGUGGACACACAGUGGGACGACAAACAGGGGUAAUAUACAAUGUAUUAUAGAAGCACGACAUCCUGCAUUUACUCCUUGUUUCUGCUGAUGAUAACCAUGGGGCUGCCCUUCAUGAAGCUCGUCUUAGCGGAGGAACUGCAUGGGACCACAAUACCGCCAGAAAGUCGCCCUUGUGUGGACUGUCAUGCCUUUGAAUUCAUGCAGAGAGCACUGCAGGACCUCAAAAAGACAGCAUACAACUUAGACUCACGGACAGAGACGCUUCUUCUAAAAGUGGAGCGGAGGACUCUAUGCGACUGCAUAUCCGUGGAGGGACUGAGCUGAAGAUGAACAAACCGCGUCAAGGACACCCAGCUUAACCCUUCUGCUGCUGGACAGGGCUCUGCAACACAUUGCUCCGCAGUGUGGGCCAGUCCCCUCUGGCAGCGCAAGUGUUAAAUGCAGCUUAUAUCAUGAAUAAAGAAAUACACAUGACAAAUCCAUCCUAACACUGAACUGUGCAUGUGUGCGAGGAGGAAUUUGCGUGGGAGAAAUUCUUAAUAAAACUCAUAGGAUUUUUUUUAUUAUUAUUGUAUAUCCUUUUAUUUUUAUUUUUUUUGUGGGGUGAAUCACCGUUUUGAUUAGAACUGCAUUUGAAUGAAACUCAUGAAUAUUGUAAUUUAAAAAAGCACGCUCCACCCCAAACUAAGGCGCUUGCGGGUGAUUCAGUCAAAGCUGAGAAAUUAAUUUUUGGGUGGUGUGAUCAUUUAAAAGCUUUGUGAUGUCCUUUUUGAAUAUUGAAAACCCAACCUCCACCUUUCUGGCAAAUCCGUUAUGGUAAUACGAGGCAACGAAAUAAUGAGUCACAUAAACAGUGUUAUUUGUCUUACCACUUUAUGUUUGUGCAGGCUCUUGAAGUAUCCUUUCAGCGGGGAACCUGUUCAGGUUUUCCUAUUUUGAACUAGAAAUAUAGACUAGUCUAUCCACAGUAGCUUUCCAUACAUAACGACAAGUAAUGGUAAGCAGCUCUGUCUAUGGUUCACUUGUAGCCACAAGCAAAAUGAGAACAUUUGAAAUUGGCCACAAGGGAUACUUCUAAAGCCUGUCUCAGGGAUCUCAGAAGCAAUUUUAUUAGUGAUUACUGUUGUCCAAGUUUAUGUUACUGCUUUACAAAAUAAAAUUUUACAGAAAGAUGGA